UCGCUAUCUAAUAACUCACUCUUCCUGCCAAUGAGGCGUGAGAUACAAAGCCAGAGGAAAGCAACGGUGCUGCCUGUUUGGUCACAACUGGGGUUCUCCACGUGCUCUAGCUGCCAAACCUGCACCUACAAAAAUCUUCCUUCUCUCCGGCACAGCAGCCUCCUUCCCUCAGUCUUCACAUGACGGAGUUGAUGCAUCUCUCCUUCUCCUCUCUCUUUUGCAGUAAGAGACGGCCAGAAGCUGCGGCAGUGACUGGUAGCUGCUCGUGUGCACCAGCUCCAUAUCUGCAGGCUUCUCGUUGCCACCACUCCUCCUGCUUCACACACUCAACACGCUCCUUUCGUGUCGUUCCUUUGUACACCAUUGCGUUGCAAGCAUUGUCCUUUCGCCUUGAGUUUGUCUGCACCACUUGCGCUCCUUACAAACGCGUUACUGCUUUGCACAGCGUUGCAAUGGCGUCCAACAACAUACCGCUUCUAUGCAACAUUUGCCCCAAGAAGCCGAACUUCAGCGAUGUCUCCCACUUACUCACACACAUUGCCAGCAAGGGGCAUCUGUCCAACUACUACAAGGUCAAGGUUCGCUCAACGCAUGAAGAAGCCUCUCGCCGUAUCAUCGACACCUACGACCGAUGGUACGCCGACUGGAACGUCGAGGAACUCAUGUCAGACCGGAUGAAUCAGAAGGACAAGCGUCGCACGCGUGCAAGACCUGCUGCUCGUUCCAUUCCUGCUCCAAGGAUUGAGGCUCCCGUCCCACGUCCAGCUCGUCGUGCCGCAGUCGGCGGUCUUCUCGAUCCGCGUCUCUCAGAACAACAGGUCAUUAAGAUAGAGCCAGACUCUGGCACACCAACACCUACACCGCAGCCCGGUCCCGUGCUGCGUCACAGAACCUUCGCGCCUCACCUGCAAUACUGGCCUACCGAGUCUCGUGCCAGCUCCCGUAGCUUCACAAACCCAGAUUACGAGACCUCGAGCGAAUACUCAGACCCCAGCGAGCGAUCGAGAAGACGAUACCAGUAUACUGCAGAGGACACAUGUGCCAUUGAGGAUGAGGCGCCCGAGCCUGCUGAGGAUACAAUGGCUGUCAGCGAGAGUACCAAGCUGAAGGGUGUGUACUGGCCCGGCAUGGACAUCUUCGACUCUGCCACCCCAGAGAUGCGGCGCAAGAGGAAUCAGAAGAAAGACCAUUCAGUCGUCGAGCAGCUGGAGCUCAAUUCGCAGGAUGUGGAAGCUACUGAGCUUAUCUUCACACCUCACGGGUCGUUCAAGCGACAACGAAGAAUCUCCAGUUCGGUCUUCGAUGACGAGGAAGAAAUUGAGAUCAAGACCGAGAGUCCCCGGCCGGUCUUCUCACGGCCUGCCCUUGCGAGCAUGGAUCCCAACAUCCCUCGUCGGUCUCGACCGGGCAUCCGCGCUCCUAUGUUCCCGUUCCAAGCUCGUAGUCAGUACGAUGACAGACGUGGCCGCCCAGGCUUUGACUACAGCAUUGGCGACCGCGCUCCCAAGCGUAAACGAGCGUUCGACGUCUUUCAGGACGACGAGAUAUCUUUUACCCAGCCAGCCAACUUCAACUACCUUACUUCAGGCUUCGGCCACCAGGCGUCGCCAUCACCACUCCCAGGAUAUGGUUCUUACAAGCCACUCAACGAUCCCUUCCAGUAUGACAACAAGGAAAACGUAUUCCCCGCACUUCACCAGCCAGCCUUUGGUAACCUUCACAGCCACCAAAUGCCUGGCUACCAUUACCACGCUUACGCCUACGGCCUCGGUCAAGACCAGCAGGGCCUUCAACAUGGUGGUCAGCUGUUCAGCGCCAACGGUGCUUAUCAGCAACAGACCCAGGAUGACGACGAGGACGAUCAAUGCACUAUUACAGCUCCGCCAUCCCCAGCUACGAGCUAGACGUGCGCUGCGACUGACAGUCUAUCAAUACUCACUCCCAGCUUCGGCAUAAUCUUGGUCCUUCCAGCUGCGGCUUUACGGCACGAUACCCAACUGAUUGACUCUCGCUCCACCUUUUUGUUUUACUCUGUUUCGACAAGCGAGAGCGACAUCACUACCUUUGCGCCUGCCUCUUCACGAUGUUGGUGCUGGUUCACUUACUUAUGUUACGCGAUAUGGAUCAUGACUAACGACAUUCCAUCAAUAUCAUAUGGUUACUACCUACGAAAGCAUGCGGCGUUUGCGGGCUGAUCUUCGCCACUGAUGGAUGCAGAUGGGUUGUAACAUA